GGGAGGUCAUCGGGUCACUUUCAUUUCCUAUUGGACAUGGGGAAAACACAUUUAGGAAGGUAGCUUCAGUGAGGUCGCUAUAUCAAUCAAGUGAUGCUGAGAAUAUAAAUUCCUAUACGCUUCAGAGAAAGAAUGCCGAAGAUAUACAUGACAAUGGAUGCUUGCUUGUCUCAACAUCUUAUUUCGAGAAGACUACAAUCCCCAACACACUAAGAAAUAUGGAAAGUAAGGAUUUUUCUGACGGAGACACUGGUUUCUGGAUUGGAGUUCGGCCUGAUGACUCAUGGCAUAGCAUUCGUUCGCUGCUUCCGCUUUCUGUCGUUCCAAAAUCAUUACAAAAUGAUUUUAUUGCAAUGGAAGUUUCUAUGAGAAACGGAAGAAAGCAUGCAACAUUCAGAUGUUUAGCGACAGUUGUGAAUGAUUCAGAUGUCAAUUUAGAGAUAUCCAUAUCUUCUGAUCAGAAUGUCUCUUCAGGGGCUGUUUAUCAUAAUGCUUUUAUUGCCUCUAGGUCGUCAUAUAUUUUACCAUGGGGAUGUUUAUCAAAGGAUAAUGAACAGUGCCUGCAUGUCCGGCCAAGGGUUGACAACCCUCCUCAUUCUUAUGCAUGGGGUAGUUGCAUCGCAGUGAGUUCUGGUUGUGGAAAAGAUCAACCAUUUGUUGAUCAAGGUUUGCUUACUCGGCAGCAAACUUUCAAGCAAAGCAGCAGACCAUCUGCUUUUGCAUUGAAAUUAAACCAGCUUGAGAAGAAAGAUAUGCUUUUUUGCUGCCAGCCCGCUACUGGGAGUAAGCCAUUCUGGCUCAGCAUUGGUGCAGAUGCGUCAGUUCUUCAUACAGACCUCAAUACACCUGUUUAUGAUUGGAAAAUUUCUAUUAAUUCUCCUCUGAAGCUAGAAAAUAGACUCCCUUGCCCAGUCAAAUUCACAGUAUGGGAAAGGACAAAAGUAGGCACAUAUCUUGAGAGACAACAAGGUGUAGUAUCUUCAAGGAAGCUUGCUCACGUAUAUUCAACAGAUAUUCAGAGACCUGUGUAUCUUACAUUAGCCGUCCAUGGUGGCUGGGCUUUGGAGAAGGAUCCCAUUCCGGUUUUAGAUCUAUAUUCAAGUGACAGUGUGUCAUCGUUUUGGUUCAUCCAUCAACAGAGCAAAAGGAGACUGCGUGUAAGUAUAGAACGUGAUGUGGGAGAAACAGGGGCUGCACCAAAGACUAUAAGGUUCUUUGUUCCAUACUGGAUUACAAAUGAUUGCUAUAUUCCGCUAGGCUAUAGAGUGGUAGAGAUUGAACCUUCAGAAAAUGUGGAAGAUGGUUCCCCCUGCCUGUCCAGAGCUUCCAGAUCUUUUAAGAAAAAUCCUGGGUUUUCGAUGGAGAGGAGACAACAGAGGAAAAAUGCCCGAGUGCUCGAGGUUAUUGAGGAUACUAGUCCUAUGCCUAGCAUGCUUUCUCCACAAGAAUCAGCUGGUCGGAGUGGUGUUGUGCUGUUUCCAUCUCAGAAGGAUUCUUAUGUUUCCCCACGAGUUGGUAUUGCUUUAGCAGCUCGGGAUUCUGAGAUCUACAGUCCUGGAAUUUCUCUUCUUGAGCUUGAGAAGAAGGAACGUAUAGAUGUUAAGGCUUUCUGCUCAGACGCUUCGUAUUACAAGCUCUCAGCAGUGUUAAAUAUGACGUCGGACAGAACAAAGGUUAUUCAUUUCCAGCCAAACACCUUAUUCAUCAACAGGGUGGGUAUCAGCAUUUGUCUUCAGCAGUGCGAUUGUCAGACAGAAGAAUGGAUCAAUCCUUCUGAUCCUCCAAAGCUCUUUCGAUGGCAGUCUUCCACCAAGACUGAGUUGCUAAAAUUACGAGUGAAGGGGUAUGGAUGGAGCACACCAUUCAGUGUCUGUAGCGAAGGUGCAGUGCGUGUCCCUAUUGGAAGAGAAGAUGGGACUGAUCAAUUGCAGCUAAGAGUACAAGUCAGAAGCGGGACAAAGAACUCGCGUUACGAAGUUAUUUUCAGGCCAAACUCUGUCUCCUGUCCUUACAGGAUCGAGAACCGUUCCAUGUUUCUUCCUGUUCGCUAUCGCCAAGUGGAUGGUGUCAGCGAGUCCUGGCAGUUUCUUCCUCCUAACGCGGCUUCUUCGUUUUAUUGGGAAGAUCUUGGUAGACGUCAUCUAUUUGAACUCCUUGUUGAUGGAAAUGAUCCUUCUAAAUCAGAAAAAUACGAUAUUGAUAAGAUUGGUGAUCAUCCACCACGAAGUCAGACUGGACCUACCAGGCCCAUACGAGUUACUAUUGUAAAGGAAGACAAAAGGAACGUUGUGAGAAUUAGUGACUGGAUGCCUGCAAUUGAGCCUAAUUCCAGCAUAAGCAGAAGACAUCCAGCUUCAUCUUUGUCAGAGUUAUCUGGAAAUGAGUCUCAGCAAUCUCAUCUUCUGGCCUCGAAAGAGUCUGAGUUUCAUGUGGUUGUUGAGCUCGCUGAGCUUGGAAUCUCCGUAAUCGAUCAUGCUCCAGAGGAAAUACUGUACAUGUCAGUGCAAAACCUCCUUGUGGCAUAUUCAACUGGCUUGGGCUCUGGGCUUAGCAGGUUCAAACUAAGGAUGCAAGGAAUACAAGUGGAUAACCAAUUGCCAUUGGCUCCAAUGCCGGUUCUGUUCAGACCACAGAGAACUGGAGAUAAAGCUGAUAGCAUUCUGAAGUUUUCUGUUACUUUGCAAUCAAAUGCUGGUCUCGAUCUCCGUGUCUACCCGUAUAUAGGUUUCCAGGGACCUGAAAAUACUGCCUUUCUAAUAAACAUUCACGAACCUAUAAUCUGGCGCAUUCAUGAGAUGAUUCAGCAAGCCAACUUGAGUAGACUAUCCGAUUCUGAGUCGACGGCUGUAUCAGUUGAUCCAUUCAUUCAAAUCGGUGUUCUUAACAUCUCAGAAGUUAGAUUUAAAGUCUCUAUGGCCAUGUCCCCAAGUCAAAGGCCGAGAGGAGUGCUUGGAUUUUGGUCAUCCCUGAUGACUGCUCUUGGGAAUACCGAAAACAUGCCAGUACGCAUAAGUGAAAGAUUUAGUGAGAACAUAUCCAUGCGACAAAGUACUAUGAUCAAUAAUGCUAUCAGGAACGUAAAGAAAGACCUACUUGGCCAGCCUCUUCAGUUGCUCUCAGGUGUUGACAUUCUUGGCAAUGCAAGCAGCGCGCUUGGACAUAUGAGUCAAGGCAUAGCUGCAUUAUCUAUGGACAAAAAAUUCAUCCAAAGUCGACAGAGACAGGAGAGCAAAGGUGUUGAGGACUUUGGCGACAUUAUCAGAGAAGGAGGUGGAGCUCUAGCGAAGGGCCUGUUUAGAGGAGUCACAGGCAUAUUGACAAAGCCCCUCGAAGGUGCAAAGUCUUCUGGCGUGGAAGGCUUUGUAUCAGGUUUUGGGAAAGGGAUUAUUGGUGCUGCUGCCCAACCUGUGAGUGGAGUUCUGGAUCUUUUGUCGAAAACCACUGAAGGUGCAAAUGCCAUGAGGAUGAAGAUAGCAGCAGCCAUCACUUCAGAUGAACAACUUCUUCGCCGUCGACUUCCAAGAGCUGUUGGUGCUGAUAGCCUGCUUCGUCCAUACAACGAAUACAGAGCACAAGGGCAGGUCAUAUUGCAGUUGGCAGAAUCUGGAUCAUUCCUUGGCCAGGUUGAUCUGUUCAAAGUGCGUGGGAAGUUUGCAUUAACAGAUGCUUACGAAAGUCAUUUCAUCCUACCGAAAGGAAAAGUUCUGAUGAUCACACAUCGAAGAGUGAUAUUACUGCAACAACCCUCAAACAUAAUGGGUCAGAGAAAGUUUAUCCCGGCCAAAGAUGCGUGCUCUAUACAGUGGGACGUGCUAUGGACUGAUCUGGUAACCAUGGAACUGACUGACGGGAAAAGAGACCAACCUAACUCUCCACCUUCCCGUCUUAUUCUCUAUCUGAGAUCAAAGUCACAUGAGUCAAGGGAUCUUAGAUCAAAGCUACAUGAUUCGAAGGAACAGUUCCGUAUUGUCAAAUGCAGUCCAAACACCAAGCAGGCCUUUGAGGUUUACUCAGCCAUCGAUCAAUCCAUUAACUUGUACGGCCAAAAAGCUUCAAAGGGAUUGGUGAAAAACAAAGUGACAAGGCCGUACUCCCCAAUGUCCGAGAGUUCUUGGGCUGAAGGAAGUUCUCAACAAAUGCCAGCUUCAGUUACACCAUCUUCAACCUUUGGCACAAUCCCAACGACCAGCUCGGGUUAAGGUUUUAAAUGUAUGAAUCUUUGAGCUCUGUUUCCUUCCAAUGUUCCCAUUCUCCUCCUGGUCUGGUAAAGACUCUUUCCCGCUUCUCCUUGAACAAAGCUUUACUUUUGUUUUCUUACAACCGUCUGAAAACACCAGUGUUUCCAUUCUGCAAAUUCGUCUGAUCUCUAAUAGACAUGUAUUUGUUCUCAGGUGGGGGAGAAGAAGCACAGCUUUGGUCUAAAAAAAUACAUUUUCGUUUUCUUCUAAUUUUCCUGGUGUAGGAAUUUUGCAAUAGUAUCGUGGAAAUAUAAAAUAUGUUUGUGUAUAUAAACGUCUGCAGUACAGACUUCUCAAACAUUAGACUGGUGUUGAUCAACACAUGUAUACGACGCCACGGGCUGCCUUAUAUAAAAUUUAUUAAUUCUUUCGAAA